CGCGUCGCCUGGUGUAAAGUCCUCACGCACGCAUACCUGUGCUAUCUGUGGCUUAACUGUCACACAGCACGCAGUCCGGGAGGUUUCCACAGGUGAGACGAGAGGAGGUAGAACGAGAAGAGGUGAGACAAGAGCAUGCGCGCCGCCAAAACGGACAAUCUGGCAGACGAGCUCACGAGCGCAGCUGCGGUAGGAGACACGGUGCUCGCUCGACUCCUGCUGAGGAACGGCGCUGAUGUGAACCGCGCAAACCGCUUCGGGAGAACACCUGUACAGGUGAUGAUGAUGGGCAGUGAGAGCAUGGCCAGCCUCCUACUAUCACAAGGUGCGAACCCCAACAUGGCGGACGCGAGUACGGGGUCAACACCGCUACACGAUGCCGCACGUGAGGGUUUUCUCCGUACCGUAGAGUUGCUAGUCAGAGCCGGAGCCGACAUUACCAUACUGGACUACAGUGGGCAGACCCCGGCCCAGCUCGCAUUGCAGGGAGGCCAUGCCCACAUAGUCAACUACUUACAGCACCUUUAGUAAUAUACUGGCUUUGAAAAUGUCUAUAAACUGUUUAAAUAUGAUGACAGAAUGCACUUUACACCUUUAUUUUUAUUAACGCUUAUUAAAUGUCCUGUGUUUAAUAUUGUAAUGUAUCACACAUCCAUUAUGUCCAUAUUAAUGUUUCUGUGCUGGAACACUGAAAUAUAAAGCAUUAGGGGUGCUUCGAUCACAAAUCAGAAUCGGCCGAUACAGAUACCAGGCACAGGUGUGCAUGGGUUAUUUGGAUAUAAUAUUUAAAAUAUUCUAUUUAUUGUGUAGUAUUGUUUAUUUAUUUACUAUUUAUAGGAUCUCACCAAAGUGAGUACACCCCUCACAUUUUAAAAAAGACUUAAUACACACACACACACACACACACACACACACACACAUCAUGUCAAUUAUAUGCAGCAGCUAGAACAAGGCUGUGUCAAAUGAUUAACAAACCAAAACGCUGCACUAAAAAUUUGAAAAUAAAACAUCAGUGUGCAUACUAAUUAGUAAGCAGUGAGGGCAGGCAUUUCUUUAUAAAUAUCAAUCUCAGAGUGUUUAGGAGACACCGUCAGUCCACAUGCAUAGAGCAGUAAAGUAAACCCAGGCUGCCUCGGACUGCCAGAAACCACUAUUUGUUUCUCUCUGCGUAAUUAUUCCUGUGACUAUUUAUUCUGCAGAGUAAGGCUCGAGCUAUGUGAGCGCUUCUGCUAUAGGUGGAUAAGUGAGGGUCGACUUACAGUAAUGGCUUUAGCUGCUGCCUUUGAGGAUAACUGUCCAUACUCACAUUAUACUGCUUUGUUCUUAACCGGUGAAUAAUGUGCGUGUUAUGUUAAAGCUUUAGGCAGACAUUCCCCAACAGGGUUUUGCUUUAAAAAAAAAAAAGAA